AUGGCAUCGAAACAGAGACGUCGUUCAAGCACAGAGUCUGAUUAUAACGAGCUCUAUGAGGCUGCUAUCCGCGAUAGAGUCCGUGACAACAUUGCCUCUGCUGCCGAAGCUAAGCGUCCCAAAUUGGCCAUUCGUACCAAGCAAGAGAAUUGGUCCGUCAGUAACGACAGCGACUCCGUCCAGCAUGACGAACUCACACAGGUGGCGACGAGUCUCACAACUGGUGUCGGCUUGGUGCCUCAACGUCUUGCCGCCAUAGAUCCUCGGCUCGACCCCCGUGGCAGUUCUUUCGAUUUCCGCUUCUGGAUUAAAACCUUCCUAUGUUUGAUGCGUGAAGAUGGAAUUACACGCGCGAAUGCGAACAUCACUUUCAGGUCGCUUUCAGUGACUGGAACAUCGUCUGGGAUGGCAAUCCAGCCGACUGUGGCUUCGCUCUUCACAGGGUUGUUCAGACUGCCCCAUAUAUUGUCGGGCCGCAAGCCGCGAGAUCCUACGACGAUCCUACAUACAAUGGAUGGUUUCAUCGGCACGGGCAAGAUGCUGUUAGUUCUUGGUAGACCCGGAAGUGGGUGUACGACCUUUCUCAGGACAAUCUCAGGGCAGCUGAGCGGACUGCAACUUACACCAGAAUCAGUCAUCAAGUACCAAGGUGUCGACCAAGCCACAUUCCUCAAGAACUACCAUGGCCGCGCUGUAUACAACCAAGAGUCUGACCAGCACUUUCCGCACUUGACCGUGGAGCAAACGCUCGAGUUUGCUUGUCGAGCGCAAACGCCACAGGCUCGACUGGAGAACGUGAGCAGGCCGAUGUACGUCCAGCACAUGGUCAAUGUGAUGCUACGAAUGUUCGGCCUUACACACGUAAGGGACACCAAAGUUGGCAAUGACUAUAUACGCGGAGUCAGCGGAGGGCAAAGAAAGCGGGUUAGUAUAGCUGAGAUGGCAUUUACCAGGUCUUGUCUCGCGGCAUGGGAUAAUUCGACGAGAGGCCUUGACUCUGCUACCGCUCUGGACUUUGUGCAGCACCUGAGAACAUUGUCAGAUCUUGCCGGUAUCACUCAGGCUGUUGCUGUGUACCAAGCGAGUCAGAGCAUGUAUGACACAUUUGAUACGAUCUUGUUACUGUAUGAAGGACGUCAAAUCUACUGCGGUCCAGUCCAGUCAGCUCGGGCGUACUUCAUUGGAAUGGGCUGGGAUGCGCCUGCCUCUAUGACGACGCCGGACUUUUUAACAUCUAUCACAAAUCCUGUCGAAAGACGGCCCGCGGAGGACUUCAAAGGCCCGCUGCCCCAGACUGCGGUCGACUUCGAACAACAGUGGCUCAAUUCUGAGCAAUACCGGCUUUUUAAGACAGAGCUAGAAAACGCCGAAUCGGCCUCAGAUCCGGACAGUCAUCUUGCGGCUGUGCGUGUGGCACAUCGACACGCACAAGCCCUGCACACAAGAGCAGGAUCAGCAUACAUCCUCUCGAUACCAAUGCAGAUCCGUCUGUGUUUGCGCCGAUCCCUUCAACUUCAACUCAACGACCGUGGCGCAGCUAUAGCUCUCGCUGUCGGUCGGACUAUACUCGCAUUCAUCGUGGGAUCCAUUUACUAUGGUCCUGUCAAUACGACCGCAAGUCUUCAGUCUCGAGGAUCUGUCCUCUUUCUCGCCACUCUGAUGAAUGCCCUCAUGGCAGUCACAGAGUGUGGAGCCUUGUUUGCUCGACGGCCGAUCGUGCUUAAGCAGAAAAACUUUGCUUUUGUACAUCCCGCAGCCGAUGCAUUUGCUGCUUACGCUGUCGAUGUGCCGAAGACCUUCAUUAUCUCAACACUGUUUAAUGUUGUCUUUUACUUUAUAACCGGCCUCCGUCUUCAGGCAUCAUCGUUCUUCGUCUUCUUCCUAUUUAAUAUCAUCUGCACGCUGAUGAUGUCUGCAAUCUUUCGCACAAUUGGCGCUGUGUCAAAACAACUUGCUCACGCCUACGCUAUUUGUGGCAUGGGUAUACUGGUGAUGAUCAUCUACACAGGCUUUGCGUUGACAACAAGCUACAUGCAUCCAUGGUUCCGAUGGAUCAACUACACAGACCCAAUUGCCUACAUCUUCGAGGCACUGCUGGUGAACGAGGUCCACGGCCGGAGUAUUCCCUGCGCACCCGAAAGUCUGGUCCCAAGCUAUCCGUCAAGUUCCAAUUUCGCGUGUGCUGUGCCAGGCGCGCAGCCGGAUACGAGGGUUGUCAGUGGGGACGCAUGGGUCAGUUCAAGCUACGGCUACAGCUACUCCCACCUCUGGAGGAACUUGGGUAUCGCCUUUGGAUAUCUUUUCUUCUUUAUCACAACCUAUCUUGUUGCUGUCGAGAUCAAUCCUGGCCUUGACACACAGGCUCAACGACUCAUCUUUCGCGACCGCAAAGCUGUCAAAGGUGCUUUCCAACACGACCCAGAAGCAGUAUCGGUGCAUACAGAGACCUCACGCGACAAGUACCGCAUCAAAGAAUUGCCCCGCAGCGGAUCAGAUUCCCAGGUAGCACCCGAGAGACACUCGAAAGGAGUUCUCACUUGGGAAGACCUCACGUUGGAUAUUCCUCAUGAUUCCGGGACGAAACGCUUACUUGAUGGUGUUAAUGGUGCCGUGACGCCGGGAACGUUAACAGCCCUUAUGGGAACUUCCGGUGCUGGAAAGACGACACUGCUCGACACGCUGGCGCAGCGCCAAAAUGGCGUAGGCAAAACCACCGGUACCAUCAAGAUGAAUGGUGCGGCGAUAACACCGUCGUUCCAGCGAAGUAUAGGGUAUGUCCAGCAGCAGGAUCUGCACCUGUCUACAACGACAGUCCGGGAAGCACUCCGGUUCUCCGCUCUUCUGAGACAGCCUUCCAAAGUGUCGAAAGCCGACAAGCUUGCCUAUGUUGAGUCAGUCAUUGCUCUACUCAACAUGAAUAGCUUCGCCGAUUGCAUGGUAGGUCUACCAGGCGCGGGGUUGAAUGUGGAGCAGCGGAAGCUCUUGUCUAUCGGCGUCGAGAUGGCGGCCAGGCCUGAGAUACUCUUCCUUGACGAGCCUACCUCGGGAUUGGACUCCCAAAGCUCGUGGACUAUCAUUGCCCUUCUUCGCCGACUGGCAGAUAAUGGGCAAACAAUCCUAGCGACAAUACACCAACCUUCAGCGCUCAUAUUGCAACAAUUUGACUCCAUACUGCUCAUGGGAGCUGGAGGGAGGACAGCGUACCACGGUCCCUUGGGCAAAGAUGCUUGUACUCUUACCAAGUACUUUGAGAGCUGCGGAGCUCGUGUAUACAUGCCCGAGGAAAACCCAGCGGAAUAUAUCUUGUCCAUGCUCAACGACGGAUCGAAAGACUGGCAUCAGAGCUGGGAAAACAGUCAGGAGAAGAGUGCUACCAAGUCCAAGGUGCAAGUUCUUGCCGGCAACAGGCCGACCGAAGCUCAACCCGAUCUCGAGUUUCGUGGCAAGUAUGCCGCAUCUUUCGUGACACAAUUCCGACUGGUCCUGGGACGAACGUUUGUUUCGUAUUGGCGGAGCCCAGCAUACAUAUUUGCCAAGCUCAGCUUCGCGAUUUUCGCAUCUUUGUUCAUCGGGUUUACCUUUUAUCGCCAGAAUUCUUCCGUGACUGCGAUGCAAAAUUUGAUUUUCUCGAUAUACAUGGCCAAUCUCAUCUUCUCUACGGUCGUCCAACAAGUGAUGUCCCGGUUCAUUCCGCAGCGCGAUCUCUUCGAAUCUCCUCUCCCACAUCCUCGUCGAAGUCCCAUACCAAGUCUUCGCCGGCAUCAUCAUCUGGGCAUCCUGGUACUUCCCCAUAUUUGGCGCCCUUCAGCCUCGUCCUCUCAGGGUCUCAUGCUCGGCUACUGCAUCGAGAUGAUGAUCAUGUCCUCGACCUGGGCGCAGCUGCUCAUCUUCGUCAUGCCCAGCACAGAGACCGCCGGAGCCAUCUCCAGCAUUCUGUUCACCAUGUGCCUGCAAUUCAACGGCGUCUUGCAGGCACCGAGCGCCCUACCUGGGUUCUGGAUUUUCAUGUAUCGCAUUAGCCCCUUUACCUACCUCGUCGGCGGGUUAGCCGCUGUCGGCCUUGCGAACCGUCCGAUCACGUGUGCCCAGAACGAGCUAGCUCGUUUUGAUCCUCCUUCUGGGCAGACUUGUGGCGACUACAUGCAAAAAUAUCUUGCAGGAGGUGCCCCUGGACAACUCCUCGACCCAAGUGCAACCACUGGCUGCGAGUACUGCCCGAUCCGGAAUGCGAAUCAGUUCUUAGAACGCUCCUGGAUCUCGACCUCGGACGGAUACCGAAACUUGGGCAUUCUGUGGGCAUACAUCGUGUUCAACGCUGCCGCCGCUAUGGGUCUGUACUGGCUCUUCCGCGUCAAGCGAUAUCGCCUUAGUCAUUUGUUUAGGCGAAGGUCGACUCCGCGGAAGGCCGCCUCGGCAGCAAGCAAGGAGAAGGCAGAGACUGCGGAAGAGCAGGGGCAGGGCGCCAGGAAGGGGAAGAUCAGCUUCUAUGUCGAUCUUUACGGUAGGUUGGCCUGGAUUUCGCUCAGGAAUAUUGGGCAUCGAGCUUCAGGUAGCGCUUUUGUUUGA